GUGAGAGGGCGGCCGGGCUGUGAACGGGGGACCGGACUGUGGGAACGGGGCCGGGCUGUGAGAGGGCGACCAGGCUGUGGGAGCGAGGCCGGGCUGUGAGGGGGCGCCGGGCUGACCGAGGCCUUUCUGCGUGCCCGGAGUUUCCCCUCGCGGCGAAGGGAGGCCCUUGGGCCUCUUCGCCGGCCCCGCGCUCCUCCCCGGCCGUCGGUCGCGGCGCAGCCGGAGCAGAUCUCGGUUCGUCCCAGAGCGCCCUCGCCUGUGCCCGCCGUUCCGGCUGCGGGAGCGGCCUGCUGCGGCCUCUGCGGGCUGCCCGUGCGCUGCUCGGUUCGGAAUCGCCCGGCGCAAGCCCGGAGCAUAGUUCAGAGCCCUCUCGCUGCUAGGCUUUCCAGUCUUUACGUUUGCCUGCUUUCGUUUCCACCAGCGAUCCUGAGCCACGGAUGGCUGGAGGGUAAUGAUUAUUUUUCCUGGUGAUUGCUUUGGCUAUUGCAAGUUGCUGAUGAUGAAUCAGUAGAAUAUGGAUUGUUAAAGUAAUACGAGUCAUCAUAAAAUGGAUGGUUUGGGCCGCUUCCUUCCUCCUGUGGUUGGAAAUGGUGAUACAGAUAAUCCAGAAGAAUUACUGAAACUUCUGAUAGAUGAAAAAAUUCGAAGUGAACGCCAUAAAACAAAUUAUCAAAUUUUAAAGGCAGAACAUCAAAGAUUACAGGGCGAUUAUACCAAAUCGCAAGAAGAAAUGAAGCAGUUAUUAGAUGAAAAACAGGCUGCAAAUGACAAAGUUCAGCAGCUUGUCACUGAAUAUCAAGAGCAGUUACUGAGUAAAUCACAAGAGCUGGAAAAACUGAAGAUGCAGGUGAUAACUCCUCAAAAAUUAGAACUGUUAAAAGCAAAAAUACAGGAGGAAUUGGAAUCUCCUAUGAGAGAACGUUAUCAGAAGCUAGAAAAUGAAGUGGAAAAAUACAGAACACUGUAUAACAAACUUCGUUACGAACAUACUUUUCUGAAAUCAGAAUUUGAACACCAACAGGAAGAACACGCACGUAUUUUAGAACAGAAGAAAAUAAAAUAUGAGGCUGAGAUUGCAAGACUGGAUAAAGAUAAAGAAGAACUCCACAAUCAGCUGCUUAGUGUUGAUCCCACGAAGGACAGUAAACGUGUGGAGGCACUCUCUAGAGAAAAGGCACAACUGUGUCAGAAAUUAAAAGCCUUAGAAGCAGAAGUAGAAGAACUAAGAGCAGAAAGACACAAUUGUGGUGUGCAAGCAGAAAAUGUUCAAAGAGUACAAGCACGACAGUUAGCUGAGAUGCAGGCUACAAUGCGGUGUCUAGAGGCAGAAAAGAAGUCUGCUGAAAUGCAGGUUGAUCGAAUUGAGAAAGAACUGCAGAUGAGUAAUGAGCAGAACAUUGUCUUAACUAGCAAAGUUCACAAAUGCGAACGAGAAGUCAAUUCCUUAGCUGCUAAAGUAGAAGAACUUAAACAUUCACAUAAAUUGGAAUUAACAAAUGUCAAACUGGAGGCAGCAAGAACAAAGGGUGAGGUAGAAAGGGAGAAAAACAAGAUUCAAAGUGAAAUGGAUGGAUUGCUGUCCGACAAGGAAAUUCUUAAGGCAGCUGUUAAACGUCAUAAAGUGCUUUUAGUAGAAAAGGAUCGGGAGCUAAUUCGUAAAGUGCAAGCUGCCAAAGAGGAAGGUUUUGACAAUAUUGCAGCCUUACAGAAUGAAAAGUUAGAACUCGAGAACAGAUUAGCUCAUCUAGAGAAGAUGAAACUGGAACAAGAUACUUGGAGGCAGUCUGAAAAGGAUCAGUAUGAAGAGAAACUACGUGCUGCACAGAUGGCAGAAGAAUCUAGCAAAAAGGAACUUCAGCGUUUGAGAUUGAAAAUUCAGCAGCAAACUAUGCAGAGGAAAGAGCUGGAAGAAUGGAAACGUGAAAGUGCUGAUCAGAAACAGCAAAUCCACGACAUGCAACUCCAGCUUGCCUCACUUUCUCAAUCAGAAAAGGAUUUGCUGGAGUCUAAUGAGAAGUUGAAGGAAAGAAUAGAAAGACUGAAACAAGAAUGUCAACAGGCAGAGAAAGCUCAACUGGAAAGAGAGAAGACUUUAGAAUGCCAUCGUAUGGAAUGGCUGCAGGAGAAGCGUAUGCUUACUCAGUGCAUCACAGACUAUGAAGAAAAAUACAACCAACUGAGGAACAAGCUGUGUCGAGCUGCUGUUGCUCAGAAAAAGAGAAAGACUCUCAAUGACAAUAAACAAAGGAGGAUGCGUGAAAAAAUAGAACUUUUGGAAGCCAAGAUGGAAGAAUUAGAAAAACAAAAUCAGAUGUUAAUUAGGCAGAACGUUUCCUCUGAGGAAUACACACGCCUCCAGAAGAGACUAAAGGACCUGCAACGUCGACACAAUGAAUUCCGGAGUAUAAUUCUGAACCCUAACAUACCGCCACUCAAUCCACUUGGGAUAAUGCCAUCGUCCGCCCUGCCUCCUGGGUCUGAGGUGUCCUUCCCUCUUCUUCAGGAGGAGCAGCAUCAAAGGGAGCUUUCCCUGCUUCGCAAGAGGUUGGAGGAAUUAGAAACCAGGCAGAGAAAACAGCUGGAAGAUCUUGGACCACCUAGAGAGCGGGUAAUGGGGGAUGCAUACAGGGACUUGGCAAGAAACAAGAUCACUGGAGAAAGCGAAGCACAAAGCGAGGACUCCAAAUAAAUCUGCAAACUCUCCAUGCUGUUAACUUGCAAUAACUUAUCCUUUGUAUGUGCUUUUAAUAUUUUGCCAAAAACAUGCCUGUAUGUGCCUGAAUAGAACCAAAUAUACUCUUCAGAGUU